AUGCUCGAAAAAGGCGCUCCUCCCGAACCGGACCUCUUUCUUGCCUCACAACAAGGCAUCUAUGAUCGCGUGAAGCAGCUUUUGGACUCUGGCGAAAAUGCCGCAACGGAUCGGGAUGCGGAAAACUGUACUGCAUUACAUUGGGCCAGCAUUAACAACCAUGUGCGUAUUGCACAACUGCUGAUAGAACGUGGUGCUCAAGUGGACGCAACUGGAGGCGAGCUUCUUGCAACACCUUUACACUGGGCAACUAGGAGUGGACACGUACAAAUCGUGUCGAUACUACAUAGCGCUGGGGCCGAUCUGACGCUGGAGGACAAUCAGGGUUACAAUGCACUGCACCUCGCUGCACAUGCGGGGAACGCCUUAAUGAUCGUAUUCCUCCUGGCGCUUGGCAUGGAUGUGAAUAGUCUGGACACGAUGGGGCGCACGGCUUUGAUGUGGAGCGCAUAUAAAGGCAACUCGAUCGAUUCGUUGCGUGAGCUAUUGCGGGCUGGAGCUGCGCUGGAUCUUGUGGAUCAGACCGGGUACUCGGCGCUUCACUGGGCUGUAAGAGUGCUUGAGAGCAAAUCUGGAACUGGGAAGAACCCGGCUCUCAUACAUUUUCCAUUCAGGUGA